AUGGUCAAGGUACUUCUUACAGGUGGCAGUGGCUUCAUUGCUGCUCAUAUUGUCGACAUUCUUCUGGAACAUGGCUUUGACACAGUAGUGACUGUCCGGUCGGAAGAAAAGGGCAAACGAAUUCUCGAGGCCCAUGCCAAUACACCCAAGGAGAAACUAUCCUACGUGGUUGUCAAGGAUGUUGCCCAAGUGGGAGCAUUUGAUGAGGCUGUUAAAUCUAGUCCUCCUUUUGAUUAUGUUCUUCAUACUGCCUCGCCGUUCCAUUUCAAUGUUCAAGAUCCAGUGAAAGACUUCUUGGACCCUGCAAUUAAAGGAACCACCGGGAUACUCAAGGCCAUUAAAUCCUAUGCCCCAUCAGUCAAACGAGUUGUCAUUACAUCUUCCUUCGCUGCAAUUGUAAAUGCAGACAAGCAUCCAAAGGUGUACAGCGAAGAGAAUUGGAACCCAGUUACCUGGGAGGAAGCUGUGGACCACUCAAAAGUUUAUCGGGCAAGCAAGACCUUUGCCGAGAAGGCCGCGUGGGACUUUGUUGCGAAGGAAAAGCCAAACUUCGACAUUGCAACCAUCAACCCACCCCUGGUGUUUGGACCAGUUGUUCACUACUUGAACUCUCUGGACGCUAUCAACACAUCCAACCAGCGGGUACGCAAUAUCAUCCAAGGACAAAUGAAGGCGGAGAUUGCUCCAUCGGGUACAUACCUUUGGGUUGAUGUUCGAGAUGUUGCACUUGCGCAUGUUCGAGCCAUCGAAGUCGAAAAGGCAGGUGGCCAGAGGUUUUUCGUCACCGCUGGCUAUUUCUCUAAUAAGGAUAUCGUCGAAAACAUCCGCCAGAGUCACCCUGAGUUAGAGUCAAAGCUUCCUCCAAGCGACUCACCUAGUGACCUCCCAGAAAACAUCUAUAAGAUCGACAACACGCGUUCGCAGGAAGUCCUGGGUCUGAAAUAUCGGCCGUUGAAGGAGACAAUAUCGGAUACUGUUGAAUCUCUGUUAGCUGUGGGGGCUUAG